ACACACAAGCACACACACAAACACAUACAUACACACUCAAAUAAAAUUUAAAUAUGUGAUCACAGUAUCAAUAACGCACACUAAAUUAUAACAACAACUGUUCUUAUGUUUUGAUUUUGAAUUAUUGGCCUGCAUUGUUAUAAAUCAGACUUGGUGUUUGUCAAUAUAAAAAUAACAAAUUGAUAUCUGCAUCUUCUUCUAUCUACAGUUCAGGAAAACUGUCUCACUAUUGGUUGGUCUUGGUAUUCUUCUGAUAGCCUUGACCUUGUUCUCAGCGUCCACUUUCAUCAAAAUUAAUUUUAACGAGGUGCCAGAGGUUGAAAACAUCACGUAUGGAAAAGCAAUGUGCAACUCACUAUUGGGAUCUGCCAACUCAACUUUGGAUUGUCACUACACUGGCAUAGAUGCAGGCCUUAACCCAGAGAAUAAUACAUUGCCGUUCAAAACUGUAACAUCUGACUCUUCGAUCGCCACGCUGUUGGAGCAAGACACGACAAAGAACAUCACUUCUACUUUACAUGAUUCUGCUUCUUCAAAUACCUCCAAGAAUUUGCCCGUCAUUUCCAACGAUCUGGGCCAAACAAUAUUACCCAACAUCUCGAGGAGGGGGUUGGAUGUUGUGCUUAACACAUCGCAUAUUUCACCGAACAUGUCCGACAUACGACCAUACUUCUCCUAUAAUCGGACUAUCAUUACUCCAGACGACAGCCCCUCAACAAUGCAUAUACCUGUCUCUGCCCUCAUAGCCAUAGUAGGAUCUGCAUUACUAUGUAUAAGCUUUGACGUGAGUAUGGCACCCACAAGGGCGUUUAUCCUCGAGACGGUCCCUUCCUGGCAGCAUCCUAACAUUCUUAGAACGUCCACAGUGGCGUCAUCCCUAGCUGGCGUGUGCCUCUCGGCGAUGGGUCUCUUCAAUGUGCCACAUAUGUUUGGUGCCAUUCUGCACGCGGAUAAAACUGCCGCGGCUCUAAUUUUUCUGUUCAUCUUCAUCGGCGUUUUGGCCGUUUUAUCAUUUACUCUCACUUUGUGUACUGGGUUCAAGUUACUAAGCGCAAACGGGAAUAUGAUUCAAUUGGACGCUAAAAAUCAGUCGGUGAAAAGUGCUGAAAGAUCAACUGUUGAAAAAAAUCGAGAUAGCCUAUGCUGUUGUUUUGGUUGUCGCAAGGCGAAAGGGGUUCAUAAAUAUGAAAAGCUUUCCACGGAGGACUUGCACUGGAAUGAUAAAGAUGACUCCGACGUUGAGAUUGCACCAGAAUUUACUGCAUGCACACUUGAGAAUGAAUGUGAUGAAAAAAGUAUACAGAAGUCUUCUUUAGGAUUUAUAUCACCACAAUGUGUUCAGAAUCAUCUGGUCGGCAAUGGAGAACAGCCACGGGAAGUGCCCCAUGAAGCAGGGGAAAUAGGAGGAGAACAUGUGCCAUCUUCUAUCUGUGAUACUCGAGAGUGGGGGGAACCUGACUCGGAGAACCACCAGUGUCCUUGGCAGAGAGACAACAAAGAAAUUGAAGUUUGUAAUGUAACCGAACCGACCCACCUCUUGACCAACAGUUAUUUAGGAGCCAAUUGUGAUAACCAUCCCCAAACCUUAGGUUAUGGUAAAGAGAAGAGUUUGUCCCUGCCGGAAAUACCACCGAAAAAUCACGCCAACUCCAACCUUACUCUUGAUACGUCUGGGAUCCCUGCUGGACCAAACUUUUGCAACAGACGACUGGUCAUCUUCUUGGCUGCGUCCUUCUUCUCCUUCGGCAACUUGUUAGUAUUUCUGACCUUUGCGUCGAACUCUCUGACCAUCGCCGUGUACAAAGGAGACCCGAAGGCCCCACAAGGCUCGGAGGCAAGGGGGAACUAUGAACGUGGUCUGCGCAUGUGCUCUGUGGGUGUGUUCGCUUACUAUGUGGCCUACUUCAUCAUGAGCUCGUGCAACAAGAAGGUCCUGGACAUUGUAGGUCCCCAUGUUCUGUUCAUCGUGGCCAACCUUCUGAUGGGCGUGGCAUGUCUCGUGUUUGUCUACACGAGUCAUCUUGCCGCCUACUUCUGGGCCAUGUUAUCCUGCAGUCUUCACAAGAGUAUGAGCUACACGGUGCCCUUUCUUCUGGCUACGCAAUAUUCCCUGCAGGACCAAAUACAGGAUGACGACAACUCUAAAACUGACACAGGCCAAACCCAGAAGUUGGGCAGAGUUACCUCUAUGAUAGGCUUCCUGUUCCCGGCCCAGUCUCUCUUUGUCUGUAGCGUUAUGGGACCUGUCAUGGACAUUGCAGAAACUGCUUGGCCGCCCAUGUACUAUUGUUUUGUCGCUGGUUGCCUCGCAUCGUUGAUUAUGUCUUUCUUGUUAUUUAUGAAGUAGAUUAUUUUUGUUGAUGCAAAAGUAUGCAUGGAUUGUUAUUAUUUAUACGUAUCAAGCACGACCGUGCGGCGCAGUUGAUUACAACUUAAAAUGAACACGCUAGGCUGAAGUUUGAAUUCGGAUUGAGUAAAACUUCUUUCGUUGUCUUUUUGUGACUAGGGACCAUGUCGUUUGUAUUUUUGAAAAAUCAAAUGCAGGUGUCUCUGGUAUAGCGGUCAGACGCUUCGCAGUUGAAGGAAGAAACAGCGAGUUCCCCUCAUGGGGAAAUUAAAAAAAAAUCGAGUAUAUCUGUUUGUCUGCUGAAACAUUGUAUCCCUCUCAGCUCCUGUUGGCUCUGGCAGAUGUGGUCGGAAUAACCCCCACCUAAAUGAUCUACACCGUCUCUUUGGUGGCAUGAAACACCAACAAUUAUUUAUUUUUCUUGUUUAAAAUAUUCAUAAUCGCAAGCACUGCAGCGGUCUUGAUCAAACCCCCCAUUAUUCACGCAAAUGCAGACACAAAAAAGCACAAAAACAACAACCCCAAAGUACAUAAUAUUGUUAUGUUCCACCAUCCAGUUCUCCUUUACCAGCUUCUGUGGUGAAGCGGUCAGCCAAAUGUUCGUCGAGCGUAGGAGACAUGAGUUCGAUUCACGUGCAGGGAAAAAUUCGAGCGUCUCGUUCUUUUUCCUAGGAUGUUACACCCCUCUCUCAUCUUGGGUUGGCCCUGACGGGCAGGGUCGAAGCUGCCUCUUAAAUGAUAUCAGUUGUGUUGAUUGGGGCGUAAAACACCUACACUAAAAUAAGUAAUUAUUAUCAGCUGUCUUUAUGAUGGUUUGUACUUCAAUAAACGUAAGCAUCCAGUCAAUUUA